AACGGAAUGUUAUAAGUGCUAAGAACUUGUUCGGCCAUUUUGUUAAAAUUGUGAAGAAAUUCUGUCGUUCGUGCGGACUGAUUUUUCAUAAAUCUAUUCUAUAUUCAUGAAUAUUUAAUUAACAAGUUUCGUUUGGAAAAUAGUUCAUAUUUACAAUACAGAAACAGUAAUUUAACGUUCAAGUACAAAGUGGAAAUGGAGGAUAAAGCCACUUUAAAGGAUUUAGAUCAAUGGAUUGAACAACUGAACGAAUGCAAACAAUUGACAGAGACUCAAGUGAAAACUUUGUGUGAUAAGGCUAAAGAAAUUUUAUCAAAAGAAUCAAAUGUCCAAGCGGUAAAAUGUCCGGUUACAGUAUGCGGCGAUGUGCACGGUCAAUUUCACGAUUUAAUGGAACUGUUUCGGAUAGGUGGACGAUCACCUGACACCAAUUAUUUAUUUAUGGGCGACUAUGUUGAUCGCGGCUAUUAUUCGGUAGAAACAGUGACAUUGCUAGUGGCUCUAAAGGUUCGGUACCGUGAAAGAAUUACCAUUUUACGUGGCAACCACGAAUCACGUCAAAUCACUCAAGUGUACGGUUUUUACGAUGAAUGCUUGCGAAAGUAUGGUAAUGCGAACGUAUGGAAAUAUUUCACCGAUCUGUUCGACUAUUUACCGUUAACGGCUUUGGUGGAUGGUCAAAUAUUUUGUCUGCAUGGUGGUUUGAGUCCGUCUAUCGAUAGUUUAGAUCAUAUUCGAGCUUUAGAUCGAUUGCAAGAGGUGCCUCACGAAGGACCAAUGUGCGAUCUAUUAUGGUCGGAUCCGGACGACAGAGGCGGUUGGGGCAUUUCUCCUCGAGGUGCUGGUUAUACGUUUGGUCAGGAUAUUUCUGAAACAUUUAAUCACACCAACGGACUUACGCUUGUGUCUCGGGCUCAUCAAUUGGUUAUGGAGGGUUAUAAUUGGUGUCAUGAUCGUAACGUAGUGACCAUUUUUUCGGCACCAAACUAUUGUUAUAGAUGUGGUAAUCAGGCCGCUCUAAUGGAGUUGGAUGAUUCGCUGAAAUUUUCAUUCCUACAAUUUGACCCAGCCCCCCGCCGUGGAGAACCUCAUGUCACACGAAGGACUCCGGACUAUUUCCUUUAAGAAACUUAAAUUUCGCAGAAAAGAAAAUGAAU